AUGAUAGACGACAAUACAGACAAAUAUCCAUAUGCCUUCAAUGACAUUAGAAAGUACUUUGAGCAGGCUUCGGAAUAUUCUCCAUCCCUUUCAGGAUUUGUUAGGGAAAAUAUCGAUUUAGUAGUUCGUUCUCCUCCGAAAAGGACCGAUUUUAAUAGUUUAGAUGGCGCAUGGAAAAAACGGUUUAGAACAACUGCAGAAAUACUUAAU